AUGGAUGUCAGAGAUGCAAAGACAGCAAGCCUGUGGGGUAGAAUUGUUAGUAGCACCAUUAACCCGCAGAAAGACUGACAUUAAGGCAUUUAAAAUAUCAAAUUUGAAAAUAUCUGUUUUAAAGAGAUUGAGUUCAUGAACUAAGAUGUCAUCCUGUCAGAAAUGGCAAAGAAGCAGUUGGAGAUAAUUCAAGAGGGACAGUGAAAGAUCAAGAGAAGACAGGUUGAUAUGAACCGGUCGGGAUUAAGGCGACACUGGAAAACAAAGGAACUGAUUUGUUUACAAAGAGAGUCAUUAUGAAUUGAGAACCUUGGAGAACACUGAGAGAGAUAGGUUGAAGAGUUUAGAGUUGAUACACUAAAAAAAGGAGUCACUAAAAAAGCACUUGGAGAGGAGAAUCAUGUUGGUUGAGGUUUUGAAGGAUGAUUAGAAAUUAUUGAUGCUUGAAAGUGCUGAUAGCAGAAGGAUCAAGGAGAAUUAGCACAGAGAAAUUAACCUUGGAUUUUGGAGCAAUUAGGUCAUUGGUCACUUUAGUCAGAGCUGUCUCAAUAUAAUGAGCUCAAAGGCAGACUGAGUUGGGUAAAGCAGGGAGUUACAUACAAGGGAGUUAGUCAGUCUGGUAUGCACAACACUCUCAAAAAGUCUUAGAAGCAAAUGGUAAUAGAGGGAUAGUGCGCUAGUUGAAUGGAGAGUUACAAUUGACAAAGAUUCCAACAAUCUUGUCAGUGAAGUAAGAUGUGAAGUUUGAAGAAGUCUAUGAUUGCUCAACAAGCUCAUUUAGAAAUAGGUACAUCUACAAGGAGAUGUACCAGGUUUGUAGAACAUUUAUAUAUGCUUUUAACCAUUUCAGGUUCCAAAGUUCUCAUUAUGAAUAUCCAUAUGGCAUUAUAAAUAAAAUGAUUGAUUAUUAAACCAUGUCACUGUAUUGUAAUUAUUCCAAUUAUACAACUGGAGAUUUAUUUACUCAUCUUACAGUUUAGUGUACCAAUGUCAGGUAAAAUUGCUCAAUAAACUUGCUUUCAGCAUCUUUGAUUUUUUUGGCAUGGGGCACACUUGAGUUCAUAUUGUAUUUAAUAGGAGCUGAGUUUAGCAUUUCAGUUCAGUAGCAAAAAUAUUUUAUACAAAUGCAGUAUGUUUGCCAUUACUGUUGCUUUCUAAUAUUUUUGGUUUAUGAUACAUUGAUCAGCCACAACAUUAAAACCCCUGACCGACGAAGUGAAUAACAUUGAUUAUAUUGUUACAAUGGCACCUGUCAAGGGGUGGGAUAUAUUAGGCAUCAAGUGAACAUCAGUUCUUGAAUUUCACCCGUUGGAAGCAGUAAAAAUUGGCACGCAAAAAGAUUUGAGUGAUUUUGACAAGGGCCAAAAAGUUAUGGGUAGAUAACUGGGGCAGAACAUCUGCAAAACAGCAAGUCUUGCGGGUGUUCCUGGUACCCAGUGGGUAGUACCUACCAAAAGUGGUGCAAGGAAAGACAACCGGUGAACCAGUGUCAGGGUGCCCAAGGCUCAUUAACUCCUUGAGGACCGCAGACAUACUAGGUACGUCUUACAAAAACAGUCCUUAAGGACCAUGGAUGUACCUGGUACGUCCGCGGUAUUCCUUAGUACUUACCUGAUCGAUGCCAUUCCCCCCGCCGGUGAUCGGUGUUGCUCCCGGUCUGGGGGGACUGCCUGACAGCCCAGACAGUCCCCUCUCUGCAAAUUAGGCCCCCACAGGCCAUGUGAUUGCUCUGAAAGAGCAGUAACAUGGCCGCAAUAGGUCCAUAGUGCUGCCUGCAGGGGGACUGCCUGAACUGACAGGCAGUCUCCCUGCAUCUGUAAAAUAUAUAUAUUUUUAAAUUAAAUCAAAAAAUAAUAAUAAUAUAUGUAUAUAUAUAAAAUAUAUACAUAUAUUAUAUCUAUAUAUAAUAUGUAUAUAUCUUAUAUAUAACGUCAUACUAUUAAUAUAGAAAUACACUUAGAGUAAAAUUACACAUGUAUAUAUAUAAUAUAUAUAAUAACGAUAUAUAUUGUAUACAUAUAUUAUUAUGAAAAAUAAAUAAUAAUUAAAAAUAAAUUUUAAAAAUGUAAAAAUAAUAAAAAAGGUUUUUUUAAAUUAUAUAUAUGUAUAUAUGUAAUUUUAUUCUAAAUGUAUUUUGACAUUAAUAUAUACAUUUAUAUCAAAAUACACUUAGAAUGAAAUUAUAUAUAUAUAUAUGUAUGUAUAUGUAAAUAAAUAAAAAUAAUGCGAUAUAUAUAUAUAAUAUAAUUACAUAAAUACAAAUAUACACAUAGACUUCAAAUAUAUAAAUAUGUGUAUAUUUUUAAAUUCUAUUUAAAAAUUCAUAUUUAUCUAAUUUUUUUUUACAUAAUUAAGUAAUUUUAUUCAUUGCAAUUUGAGGGACCUGCCUGACAACCCAGGCUGAAAGUCCAGGGAAUUUAAUUUGCUAGCACUAUAUUUAAAACCCUUUAACUUUCCAAGACACUAUAAAACCUGUACAUGGCGGGUACCGUUUUACUCGGGAGACUUCACUGAACACAAAUAUUAGUGUUUCAAAACAGUAAAACAUAUCACAGCGAUGAUAUUGUCAGUGAAAGAGACAUUUUUUGCGUUUUGCACACACAAACAGCACUUUCACUGAUGAUAUCAUUGUUGUGAUAUGUUUUACUGUUUUAAAACACUAAUAUUUGUGUCCAGCAAAGUCUCCAGAGUAUAACAGUACCCCCUAUGUACAGGUUUUAUAGUGUUUUUGAAAGUUACAGGAUCAAAUAUAAGGCUUGAUUUUUAUUUUUUUCACAUUUAAAUUUGUCAGAUUGGUUUUGUUUCCUUUGAGAGCAUAUGGUAGCCCAGGAAUGAGAAUUACCCCCAUGAUCGCAUACCAUUUGCAAAAGAAAAUAACAUGGUGGCACACAGAUACACACACCUUGACACACAGAUACACUCACCUUGACACACAGUGUGUAUCUGUGUGUGUGUGUAUGUAUGUAUCUAUCUAUCUGUGUGUCAAGUUGUGUGUGUCAAAGUGUGUUUAUCUGUGUUUGUAUGUGCCGGUGUGUGUCUGUGUAUCAAGGUGUGUGUAUGUGUGUUUGAAUAUGCCAGUGUGUGUAUCUCUGUGUGAGUGUGUAUUAAUCUGACACACAGAUACACACACUGGCACAUAGUGGCACACAGAUACACACACCUUGACACCCAGAUACACACACUGGCACAAAGUGGCACACAGAUAUACACACUGGCACAAAGUGAAACACAGGUACACACACCUUGACACACUGGUACACACACAUUGACACACAGUGUGUAGCCGUGUGAGUGUGUUUGUAUGUAUCUCUGUGUCAAAGUGUGUUUAUCUCUGUGCCCAAGUAUGUGUAUCUGUUUUUGUAUGUGUCGGUGUGUCUGUGUAUCAAGGUGUGUAUAUCUGUGUUUGUAUGUGCCAGUGUGUGUAUCUGUGUGUCAGUGUGUAUGAAUCUGACACACAAAUACACACACUGGCACACACACACACACACUGGCACAUAGUGGUACACAGAUACACACACUCAGAUACACACAGAUAAAUGCACACCGACACACAGAUACACUGAAAGAUACGCACACAGGCACAUACACACACACACACUGGCACAUACACACAAACACCGAAAGAUACACACAGUGACACUCAGAUACACACACUGGCGCAUACACUCAGAUACAUACUGACACAGGUAAACACAGUGACACAUACACACAGAUACACAAUGGCACAUACACACACUUAGAUACACACGGUGACAGAAACACUGACACACAGAUACAAACACUCAGAUUCACACACUCAGAUACACACAAUGACACAUUAAUACACACACUCAGAUACACACAGUGACACAUACACAUAGUGACACAGAGAUUUCACACAGAUACACACACACUAUCAAAUACACACACAUGCCAUUUUUUAUAUUUGCAGUCACCCUCCUGUUAGCAUACCUGUUGUCUGCAGGAGGGUGACUUGCUGGCUGAGGCUGGUGUGUGUGUGUGUGCAGUGGCGGAUCUGGGGGGGGGGGCAACGGGGCAAUUGCCCCCACCCGAGAUUCUCCCCUGCCGGCUAAUGCAGGGUUCGCAUUGUCCAAGUGCCAGCCCUGCAAUGUGCUUGCGGACCGGGGAGGGAGAUCAGAGAUCAGAGAUCUCCCUCCCCGGUUCGCAAGCACCGUGCUGACAGCCGGCAGGGGAGGGAGGGAGAGAGGACCCGGGAGCUCAGCCUGCAGCUCCUCCGGGUCCUCCUCUCGCGAGCAUGGAGCGUUGCCGCGGUUACCACGGCAACGCUCCAAAUCUCGCGAGAGUGAACUCUAGCCCUGGAGCUAUGGGCUAGAGUUCACUCUUACCACUGGGCCACCAGGGAAUCCCCAACGGACCACCAGGGAUCGAAAUAUGUCCCCCCUCCACCCUCAGUAAAGGUAAUCAAUAUAUUUAUUUAAAUUAAAUUAAAUUUAAAAAGCCUCCCUACCCUCCUUCCCCCCCCAUACAAACACUGCCCCCAUACACACACUACACACACUGCCCCACAAACACUGCCCCCCAUACACACACUACACACAGUGCCCCACAAACACUGCCCUAUACACACACUACACACACUGCUCCACAAACACUGCCCCCAUACACACACUGCCCCCAUACACACACUACACACACUGCCCCCAUACACACACUGCCCCCAUACACACACUACACACACUGCCCCACAAACACUGCCCCACAAACACUGCCCCAUACACACACUGCUCCCCAUACACACACUGCCCCACAAACACUGCCCCCCAAACACACACUGCCCCAAACACACUGCAACUCUGCCAUACACACUGCACCGCUCACACACACACACACACACACACACUGCAGCUCUCUCACACACACACUGCCCCACAUAUACACUGCCCCCUAACACACACACUGCAACCCUGACCUACACUGCCACCCUCACGCACUCGCACACACACUUCACCGCUCACACACACACUGCACCUUUCACACACACUUCACCCCUAACACAUACCACUGCUCCUAUGCCCUAUAUCCCAGCAGACCCCAGGUAAGUUGUCAAGCUGUUCUUAAACGGUUUGACUACUUACUCUGGGAUGGGAUCCUGGCACUACUGGCGCCAUAACUACUACACUGAGCUGUAGUGGUUAUUGUGCCUUGAUUAUUUCUUUAAAUAAUCUACAAGUGCCCCUCCCGAGAUCAGGCUCUGGAUCCGUCACUGUGUGUGUGUGUGGGGGGGGGAGCUGCUCACCAGAGACGUCUCUAGACUUUAUGAGGCCUUAGGCGAAACGCAAACAUGAGGCCCCAGUAACAAAAAAGUGAAAAAAAUAGAGUUGCAAUACUUGCACACUGACACAUAUACACAGUGAUGUGUGUGUGUGUGUGUGUGUGUGUGUGAAUGUAGGUCUCUGUGCACAUGUUUGCUUGACGUGUGUUGUGUGUAUGGGGGUCUGCCUGUAGCCUUUGUGCAUUGUGUUUAUGGCAAAGCUAUGUUUCUUGACUGUGUGUGUAUGAUGUCUUCAGCUGGUGACUGUGACAAGGUGAGUAAAGGGGUACCAGUGGCGAAGGGGGGAAAUGGACAAGGGGGGUUGUGAGAGAGAAUUAGGGACAGGGAGUAUGACAUGGUUUGAUGAGGGAGUGUGACAGGGCAAGUGGAGGUAAGCGUGUCAUGGCAAUUGUGGCAUGGUAGGAGGGACGAGUGUGACAGGAUUAAGGGGGGUUAAUGUGACAGGGUGAGUGUGGCAGAGUGAGGGCAGGUGAGUUUGGAGGGGGUGAGAUUAACAGCAUUAGGAGUGGUUAAUGUGAGUCUGGAUGCAUGGUGAGGGAGGGGGGUUGAUGGUGAGGGGGGGUGAUGCUGAUAGAGGGGGUGAUGCUAAGGGAGGGGCGUUGAUGGUGAGUGGGGGUUAUGCUGAGGGAGGAGGGUUGAUGCUGAGGGAGGGUUGAGGGAGGGGUUGAUGCUGAGGGGGGGUGAAGGAAAGGAAGGGGGGUUGAUGUGACUGAGGGGAGUUGAUGGUGAGGGGGGUGAUGCUAAGGGGUGGUGAUGGUGAGGGAGGAGGGUUGAUGGUGAGGGAGGGGAUGAUGCUGGGGGAGGGGGAUGAUGCUGAGGGAGGGGAGGUGAUGGUGAAGGGGUGAUGUUAGAGGGAGAGGGUACCACAUACCUUAAUUUAACCCUGGUGGUCCGGUGGGCUCCCUGGUGGUCCAGUGGCCAUUAAUUCUGGUCUGGAGCUCCGCAGAGCUGCAGACCAUGUAUUUCGCGAGACCUGUCAGAGGAUUGCCGUGGUUACCCAGCAGCAAUGCUCUGAUUGGCCAGUUUUCACGAGACACAUGGUCUGCAGCUCUGCUCACUGCAGAGCUGCAGACCGGUGUCUAUGAUGGUGGCCGGGCAGACAGGAGGGGCCUUGAACCCGGCGGCAUAUUGGGCAAGCUGCCAGGCCCCCUACUGGUGAUGGGUCCCAGCCAGCGCAAGGCCUUAGUCGGCCGCCUAAAACACCUAAUUAGAGAGCCGCCUCUGCUGCUCACUGCUGGCUGCUGCCUCUCUGCCUCCAGAGCAGAGUUUUCUAUAUGAAGCUGGGUGGAAAUGACCGUCCAUCCGUUACUUUCUCCCAGCAUCCCAUACUAUGGGGAUCCGGUCGCGCAAUGAAACGGCCGCGGCGCUGACCGGUUCCCUUUGCAGCAAUGCCUUGAGGGCCACCCGAACCCCAAUUUCACAGCGGAACCCCAAUUUCGUUCUCGCAGAACUCUAGGGUUCUGCGGAACACCAAUUGGGAAAAUGCUGGGUUAGAGAAAUGUCAUAGAAUGUUUGUGUUUGGAGACAUCAAAACUACUUUAGCUUAAUGAAGCAAUUUUGGUGUAUAGAAUGAAAUUGAAAUUUAAUUACACACAGGAGUCUCCUGUAGGGUUUAGCAGGCUAUCAACAGAGCAGGAAAUGAGAAAUUCAAAAUUAAGCAAAAUGUGCAAUAAAGGAAGUUUAAACAUUCUUUACAGGAAGUGUUUAGGAAGGUUGUGUAAGUAACAUGCAGAGGAGAUAUGAAAGACAGGUCAUGUCAAACUAACCUAAUUGCAUUCUACGAAGAAGUAUAGAUCAGGGUGUUGCAGUGGAUGUGAUCUACUUGGAUUUUGCCAAGGCAUUUGAUACGGUUCCUCACAGUAGGUUAGACUUCAAACUAAAAGAAAUUGGUCUAGAUGAAUAUUCUUGUUGUUGGGUAGAACAUUGGCUUAAGGAUAGAGUACAAUGGGUUGUCAUUAAUGGUAAAUUUUCAGGCUGGACAAAAGUGGUAAGUGGUGUCCCUCAGGGUUCUGUUUUGGGACCGCUUUUAUUUAACAUAUUUAUAAAUGAUCUUGAAAUAGGCAUUGAAAGCCAUGUAUCAGCGUUUGCAGAUGACACAAAACUUUGUAAAGUAAUAAAAUAUGAGCAGGAUAUUGCUUUGCUGCAGAGGGAUUUGGAUAGAUUGGGGGACUGGGCACUAAAAUGGCAGAUGAAAUGCAAAGUUAUGCACUUCGGGGUUAAGAAUGCACAAGCAAUUUACACCCUAAAUGGUAGUGAAUUAGGGAUAACCACACACGAGAAGGAUUUUGGAAUUGUUAUAGACAACAAAUUAAACAGAAAUAUGCAAUGUCCAUCUGCAGUUGCUAAGGCCAGUAAGGUUUUGUCAUGUAUAAAUAGGGGCAUAAAUUCUCAGGAUGAAAAUAUAAUUUUGCCUCUUUAUAAAUCGUUGAUAAGACCACACCUUGAAUAUGCUUUGCAAUUUUGGGCACCUCUUCUAAAGAAAGAUAUCAUGUCACUAGAAAAAGUAGGGAGACGAGCUACAAAAUUGAUAAAAGGAAUGGACCAUUUUAGUUACGAAGAAAGGUUAAAAAAUGUAAAUCUGUUUAGUUUGGAAAAACGGCGCCUGAGAGGGAUAUGAUAACAUUAUACAAAUAUAUUCAGGGCCAGUAUAAACCUUUAUCUGGAAAUCUAUUCAACACAAGGUCAUACAUUUAGGCUGGAAGAAAGGAGAUUUCAUCUAAGGCAAAGAAAAGGUUUUUUUUACAGUAAGAGCAAUAAGGAUAUGGAAUUCUCUGCCUGAAGAGGUGGUUUUGUCAGAGUUUAUGCAGAUGUUUAAACUGCAAUUGGAUAAAAACUUGCAAAAACAUAACAUACAGGGAUAGAAUUUCUAAUUAGUGGGGUAAUAGCUGCUUGAUCCAAGGAGACAUCUGACUGCUAUUUUGGGGUCAAUAAGGAAUUUUUUCCUAGUUUGUUGCAAAAUUGGAAGCGCUUGAGACUAGGUUUUUUGCCUUCUUUUCAACAGCAAAAACAUAUGUGAGGAAGGCUGAACUUGAUGGACGCAAGUCUCUUUUCAGCUAUGUAACUAUGUAACCAGGGCUGUAUAAAAAACUGAUUUAACUUUUGAACAGCAGAUAAUUGAUCAGUGAGACGGCAGGGGUAUGAUCUAUACACCAAAAUGGAUUCAUUAAGUUAAAGGUGUACUUGUGACUAUUGUCUCACUUUAAAGAGACACUGCUCCUAUUCUGUAUGUUUGAGAAGCUAUUUAAGCUACAUUACAAAUAAACAAGUUUGAGCCACUUUUUUUACUGUAACUGUUUUGUUAAUGUGAGGAGUUAUUUAAUUUAUUUUAAAAAUAAAGCACCAUAAUCACUAAAUUCCACUAUGGAGGUUAUGGUGUCGGGAGCAUCUUCCAGAAUAAUUUAUCAAAUUGUUUUAGAAUUGAUUGACAACUUACCCAAAUCCCAGAAUGACAACAAAGCUGGUUGUUUUCAAUGAGAUAAGCCUGGGAGAUCCUUACUGUUUGUAUGUCACUGCUCAGGUGACACCCUUAGCCAAUGAGCAUGGCCCUGCUUAGCUCAGUGGAGAUAACCGGAUUCACCUGGACAGGGUGGGUUAGGCGAGACCCAAGUAAGUUACUCUGGGCAGGCUCUAGAGCACUGCUGGCACCAUAACCAAUAUAGUGGACUGUAGUAAUUUGGUGCUUUGAGAGUUUCUUUAAGCAGAUUAGGUUCCAAUUUGAUUUUGACUAGUUUAAUAAUAUCCUGCCAGCUGCCUUUUAAUAAAAGCAGAGUGGUAUACCUUCCUCACCCCAGCCUCUGAUGGCAUCAUAUCCUCCAUAGAUACUGGUAAAAUGCCAAGCCGGUUAUUAAUGUUUCACUGAUUGAAUCCUUCAAAAAUCAGCAUGAAAGCUACUGUGAUAAUAUUGACACUUCUUUUCUGCAUCUCACCGUCGUAGGUUACAUUGCUUGGAACAAAAUAUAUCUCAAACUGUUUUACUAUUGUGAUACACUGUGAUUAUUUUCGGGGAUCAAUUUAAAAUAGUCAUGUUCAUACUUUAGUCAGUGCACUUUGUAUACGUUCAUACAACUCUGACUAUUAAUGAAUAGACAUUUUCUGUGUACAUGCGAUGUGAUGCUUGGUGUUGGCACAGUACUGGCCUGGAAUGCAGAACUGACUUUGGGCCUAAGUUAGUGCUUUAGUCUAAUCGCUGUGAUUACAUUGUAUCCAGUCCCUCUAAUAAAGUAUUGCUGCUCUCUGGAGACAGAUAAUGGAGACCAGUUAUCCCAUGGAAUUCAGAUAGAAAUGUUUCACUUACUGGAAACAGCCAUAUACAUCUCCCCAUCAGCCUGUGAAGUGGAAAGAAGGGAGUUUAAUAUACACUAUAUAUUGGUGGGGGAAAUGUGACAUGAGGUAUGUGUGAUCACAUUGUUCAGAUAUUGUUCCAAGUAUUGGCCUAUAGUGUACCCGCAUAUCACUCGGUUUUGCAAGGAUGAUGUGUGCCGAUUUAUCCUUUUCUUUGUUUUCAGUGCAUCCUGAUGGGAGCUGGAUUUGUAAUGGAAAUAUAAGUAUUAUAUUGACAACAUUGUGGCUCAAACCUAAUGUGAUUGUUAUUUUGGUAAGUAUAAAAAAUUAUUUUAUUUGCACAAAAACCUUUGGAAGACACAUAUGUAAAUGGAAAAUAAACUGAUAAUAAGGUGCAUGUUACAUAAUGUUAGACAGAACAAGAAUAUUUGUUUGUGUGUGGCAUAAGGGAACAAGGAGUCCCACCGUUUCCAGAACAGUGGAUCAGUAUGGUGUGAUAGCAGUCUGUGCAAUAGUGAUGCAUUGUAGGCAGCAUGUUUAGUAAGUGUAUGAUACAUUGAGAGGAACAAUGACAGUGAUCUACGCAUGAAAGUGCAUACACUGUAAACUACAGGGUGUACAGGGUGCAUCUAUUUGAGGGGAGAUGGUGGUACUGGAUGCAGCCAUUCUUGGGAGAUGGUGGUACUGGAUGCAGUCAUUCUUAGGAGAUGGUGGUACUGGAUGGAGCCAUUCUUGGGAGAUGGUGGUACUGGAUGCAGUGAUUAUUGGGAGAUGGUGGUACUGGAUGGGGCCAUUCUUGGGUAGAUGGUGGUACUGGAUGCAGUCAUUCUUGGGAGAUGGUGAUACUGGAUGGAGCCAUUCUUGGGAGAUGGUGGUACUGGAUGCAGUGAUUCUUGGGAGAUGGUGGUACUGGAUGGAGCCAUUCUUGGGUAGAAGGUGGUACUGGAUGCAGCCAUUCUUGGAAGAUGGUGGUACUGGAUGCAGUCAUUCUUGGGUAGAUGGUGGUAUUGGAUGGAGCCAUUCUUCGGUAAAUGGUGGUGCUGGAUGGAGCCAUUCUUGUGAGAUGGUGGUAUUGGAUGCAGCCAUUCUUGGGUAGAUGGUGGUCCUGGAUGGAGCCAUUCUUGGGUAAAUGGUGGUACUGGAUGCAGCCAUUCUUGGGUAGAUGGUGAUACUGGGUGGAGCCAUUCUUGGGUAGAUGGUGAUACUGGAUGGAGCCAUUCUUCGGUAAAUGGUGGUACUGGAUGGAGCCAUUCUUGUGAGAUGGUGGUACUGGAUGCAGCCAUUCUUGGGUAGAUGGUGAUACUGGAUGGAGCCAUUCUUGGGAAGGUGGUGGUACUGGAUGUGGUGGCACUAGAUUCAGCCAUUCUUUGGGGAAGUGGUGCUACAGACUGAAGCAAUAAAUGGUGGGUUUGUGGUACAAAGAGCAAGAUGUAGCCAUGCAUGGUGAGUUGGUGACAUGACACAGCCAUGCUUGGUGAGUUUUGGUAGAAAAUGUAGCAUGCAGAUUGAUUUUGUAUUACAGGAUAGAGCCUGUAUGGAGAAUUUGUUUAAAGGAAGCAAUAUGUAUGGUAAAAUUGUGAUACACACAAGUUUGUACAGUCAUUGUGACAAAGAGAAAAGACUUAAAGAAGUGUGUAAUAUAGACACAAAUAAUAAUAUCAGGAUGUGCUAAUGCUGCCCAUAUUUAAUAGAAGGACCAUAUGGGCAUCAUGGAUCUACCCUGUCUAUACUGUUUUUCCUUACUAAUGUUACUCAGAUAUAAUAUAUGAUGGAGCCAACACUUCGGGGAUUAUUCACUAAAGUCUAAAUUGUAGCAAAUUUUAAAAUGAGUAAUGAAUAAUGAAAAGUGCCCAGGACAUCAAUGUCCUAGAAUCUAUAGGAACAGAAUAGGGGGUAACUCUCAAUAAUUGCAGAACAAAAGGAGAGAGAGAGGAGCCUGUUCCCAGUAUAUCGAGGAGGUCAUCAUUGAAUAAAUUGACACUAAAAGACGUAUAUAUUAAAGAAUUAUAAUGGUGUAUAGUAUAAAUAAUCAAGUAAAGGGGCCAGAAAUGGUAUUGAAACCUAGAGAAAUAAGUAAUAAAUAAUUAAAAGUGCCCAGAACAUCAAUGUCCUAGAAUCUAUAGGAACAGAAUAGGGGGUAACCCUCAAUAAUUGCAGAACAAAAGGAGAGAGAGAGGAGUAUGUUCCCAGUAUAUCGAGGAGGUCAGUCAUUGAAUAAAUUUUAAAAUGAAUUGCAAAAUUUACAAAAGCUGUGACUAUGGCUGAGUUUGAGAUUUGUUUUUCCAAGUCCGUAUUAUUAUUAUUAUUUUUUUUUUUAUAAUUCUUUAUUUUUGCAAUGCAUAUGUAUUGUUAAACAUUAUGAAUUUUUUGUCGUUAUAAGGCAUUAUAAACAGAAAUACAAAUGAAUGUAUUAUAUGACAGAGUACAAGCAUUCAUUUUUUUGUAACAAGCAAUCUACGCCCUUUGCAACUCGGAGGGGAGUGUGAGAGUUUUAAAUCGGUGCAUUUCGGUGCCAUUCCGAGUGGCCUAGGGUUGGGAGCAUUAUAUGCAAGAGUUAUCAAGUUAUUAGAAUAGCAUAGUGUCGCAUAAUAUAGCAUAAUCCUACCAGUGUAGUCAUGUGGGCAAAUUUACAUGCACAGCUGGCUACAAUAUGAGAUGAUUUGCAUCCUAUUGUUGGGUGCAUGCUGAAUGUAAACUGUGUGUUUGUGGUGAAGGAGUCAAGUAACCAUCUUUGUCUGUGUCGGCAUUACCCCUAACCUACCGGGUCUUGGGGGAGGGAUUACUUCUCACAAAUUGAAUAAUCUUUUGCGGUUAUUCUAUCUCCUAUCUAGGCCCUUCCUUGGUAAAGCGGAACCUAGCUUUGUGACAUAUCAACCAUCGAAAACAAUUCCAUUUUGAGUUAUAACGAGGGAGCCAGGGGUCCCCCACCGGUAAGGCACACCAGCAGAGCAUAGGUGGGUGGUGACGGGGCCAAUGGAUCUGCGCCACUGUAAGGUUGCUCUUGUUAGGUCCUGGAAGAAGCACAGGUGAGAAUCCUCAAAGGGAAAUAGUGUUUUGUCUUGUAGUGCUGAAAUGAUGGUGAUCUUGUCUGCCAUUGAGGUGCAGCGUACGAUCACAUCCCAUGCUAGAGAGGGUCUGGCUGUGUUACUUAGUCUGUAAAUACCCUCUAGGGUAAUCUUCUUUGCCACCUAUGGUGGUAGAAAGGAGGCUAGUAACCUCCGAAUAUGGUGAGGUAUCUCUUCAGCCACAAUUUCGGCCGGGAUUCCACAGAUCUUUAGGUUGUUGCUGCAUUGCUGAUCUUCAAUGCAUGUCAGUCUAAGUGACAAUGCGUGUUGGUGAACAGUGAUUUGUUGGACUGAGCCACUGAGGUUGUUCACUGUGGUCUGUACGUUUAUUAUUUCCUCUUCUGAGGCCUUGAUUUGGUCUGUGUUGGCCUGAAUCUCUGUCCUGAGGAGGGCCAGAUCUGCCGCCAUCAUUUUGUGUAGGUCAGAGAGGGGGAUUUUGAGGUCUCCCUUCGUUGUAAGAGCUGAGCUAUCUGUGUGCUAGGCUCAGGUUUGCUCAGGUUCAGGGGCUGUCAGGGCAUCCUGGUCAGUACUCUCCACUGUGGGGGUAGUCCCUGUUGCAGGAUGUUGAACCUCCGCUGGUUUUGUUUUGGAUCUGGUAGGUUUCUGGAGCAUUGCUCCGAUAUCUCUGUCGGGCUUUUGCAUCCGUCGCCCCAUUGCUUUGUUUCUCUUGGACUACUUGCUCCAAGGAAGCCGUAAAGGAGUGCCUCAAAGCCUCGUGGCAUCAGGGUGUAACAGGCCCCAGUUCUGCGUUUAGACUUGGAUUGCUACGGUGUGUGCAGUAAUGGCAUUGGUCAAUGCAGCUUGGUGUCCAGGUAACAAUGCCCGGGUUUUUGAGGGUGGAUGGUGAGUCAGAAAGGAGAUAUUUGGCAGAUUUGGAGAGUUUGGCGAGAAGUUGUUUGAAAUGGUGUCCAUUCAGGAUCGUGCGUUGACUCCCCAAGUCCGUAUUACUGCCUUCAUUUUACCAUGUGUCUCAUAUUUGCUUCAAUUCAGAGUUUAGUGAAUAGACCCUGGUGCAUAAUGAAAGAUGAAUGGCAAGAUAUGGCAGCAAAAGUGCUACAUUUCCAUCUUACUGUUUAAGGGCAUGAUGAAGAUAAAAGGAAUGAGUUUCUAAAUGUGGAUACAUCCUCUCUGUUCUCAUAUCACUGACACGUUAUGCCUUUAGUGGGCAGACAAAGCUACAAAUAAACAUCUCUGGACAGUGAUACUAGGAAGCUCUGCUGUCUGUGUUAUAAUGUAAGCAGAAUGAGGUACAACUCAGUGGGAGUGGAGUCCCAGGAAAUAUAAUAUCAGUGAGUUGAAGAGCACCAUGCCAGUAGGGGAGAAGUGAGUGGCACAACAAGUAAAUAGAGAAAGAGCACCAGGAAUGUGCAAUGGGAGUAAAAAGGAGAACUGGAACAUAUAUCAGUAGUCAGUGAAAAAACAAAGAAUGCAAAGUUUGUGAGCAAGAGGAAAGGCCAAAGGGUGCGAGCGUGCAAUGUUAGUAGAGCUGUGGGGAGUGAGAAUGUGAAGGAAGGAGACAGAAGGAGUUAUAUUUAAUAGCAGGCAGAUAAGCGCUGAAAUGAAGAAAAUUAAACAUUAUCAUCAUAAAAGUGAGACAAAGACUAGGAGGGGUGAGAGACGAACACCGGGGAUGUGUCAGUAACAGCAGCUGUUUUCCAGAACAGUGCGUAAUCCCUGGCUCAGUUUUGGGUGAUCUGGGGUUUAAUGAAAGCAUCCCUGUUAUUCCAUGGUUGGAACUUGAGGGGGAAGGGGGAAGUUCUGUUUGUGGAGCUUGGGGAGUCUGCAUUUUUAAAUUGGUCUUUUAAAUAAGCACUUUAACUCUUCAGCUGUGAGCAUUUAGAAUUUUUAAAACCAAUCAUAUAGUAUACAAGUUACACUCUGCUUAAAAUACAAAUUCCUUGUAACUGCCUCCACGUACUAUAUAUGUAUAAAUAUAGUAUUGCAUUGUGCAAAUGUUUUAGGCAGGUAUUGAAAAAUCCUGUAAAGUAAGACUACUUAAAAAAAAAAUUAGAAAUCUUAAUUUCUUAUCAAUUAAAAAAUGCAUGCAAAAGUGAAAAGUGAGUGCACAGAAAAAAAAUCAAUAUGUGGUGUGACUACUCAUCUACAAAAAAAUAAUUAUUUGCUCUUCUUUAAACUCUGACAGUAUGUUUGGGGUUAUUGUCAUUUAGUAAUUUUGAGUUUUGGAGAAGAAAGAAGACAUCUUAAGGUAAGCUAACAUUUUUAAUUUACAGGUAUUUAGUUUAUGCCUGCCCUCCCUCCCCCCUGUCACUAUUAUUAUGGUGAGGGGCUAGGUAAGGGUUUUUUAGAUUAACAGUUAAGUAAAGCCCCUACCCACCACCUAAGGGUAAAGGUUGAGAGGGGCAUGAGGUCUUUCCAUGCAAUAAUUUGAGAGCCACGACCUAUGGGUGUAGCCUGUGGGGGAGGUGAGGGGGCGGGGGGGGAGAAGGGGGUUAGGUCCUCUGGGUUUAUUAAAAUUAGAAUAAAAUUAUUCCCAAGCACACCAGUAGUUAUUGCACAAAGAGUUUUUUAUUUCUUUAUUAUAUGCAUAAUAAGAAAGUGCACAUAUGCAAAACAAAGAUGCAGGAUUUUGCACUUUGUUAUUAAGCAUGUAAUAAAGAAAUAAAAAAAACUAUCUUUGUGCAAUUACUACUGGUGUGCUUGGGAAUUAUUUUAUUCUAGGACUCAUGUGUACCUGGUUUAGUGUAGCAUGCAGUAAGGAGUAACCCUUUUAGCAUCCUAUUUUAUGCUUACUGCAUGCUACACUAAACUAAGCCCAAUCAGUUGAGCAUUCACUAUAACAUUGUGUGCACAUUUUAUUAAAACGAGAGCCUUCAUCCGCUAACCACAGGGGGUCACUUAAUAUAUCCCUUGCUAAUUUUAAUGAUAGCUCCUACCUGCGGGGACAGUAAUCGCCCCCUGCUUUUGUACCAAGUCUCCCUAUGUAUUCCUAGCUAAUGGGUCUCUGGCCUUAUUUUUUAUCACUAGUAGCUACUGGAUGAUCGCUGUUUAGCAGACAUUCCUCCACUCUCACCAUAGUGAGUGGGGACACGGGAGCGGUUGCAAACCUUCCCAUUACUAGUGUGAUAGUGAUUUUCACUCCCAUAGGUUUUGUUUUUAAAUGUAUUUUCCUUUCUAAUGACUAACAGGUUUAUUUAUGAAAAACAGCUGAGAAAUGUGCUUACAGUGCACAUUUGACAGAGCAUAUUUCUGUUGCAGCCGAUCUGUUCAUUGGGUUUAGUUUCUAGAAUUUAGACUGUUAAAAUUAAAUUCUAGUGAAAUUAGAUAAAAAAUAUUGUCCAAACCCAGUCGAUCACUUUUGACUUGGUUUUACUGAUAAUAUAAAAUGGAGGCCUUGAAAAAAAAGAUAUAAUACGGCAAACAAAAUAUUACUGUUCUCUAAAAACUAAACUAAAACUAGUAACAGUAGGGAUAACAGAAAAGUCACACAGCAGCUACAGCAUCUAGGCAGGGAUGUAUUUACCACAAGGCAUUUGCCUAAGGUGGCACUUCCAAGGAGGGUGCCAAUAAAUGCCACCCCAAGUUCCCAGACAAAUGCCUUGUUUGCCUCGUGUUCUGGGGCUGUCCACCUUACUGUGAGUGAGUGUAGUUGUCAGUGUGUGUCUGUGAAUGAGUGAAAGUGUGUGUGUUUUUCAGUGAGACUGGGUGUGCCUGUGAGUGUGUGUCAGUGUGUGUAUGUCAUUUUAUGUGUAUCUGAGAGUGUGUGCCUGUCAGUGUGUAUCUGUCAGUGAGUGUAUAUCAGUGCAUGUAUCAAUGAGGGCAUGUGUCUGUCAGUCAAAAAAGUGGCCUUGACACAAAUUGGGGUGGGCAAAUAUAGAUUUUGGCGGUGCCCAAAUUUAGCCCCUAGGGCAGCAGAAAUCCAAAAUACACCAUUGCAUCUAGUUAAAACGCAUACCAGCUUACCAUUUCAUACAAAGCUUCAUGGCAGCUCACAAAUUACUAAAAGAAAAAAUAUGCUGUACGGAGAAAGUAUAAAAACAGAAUAGUUAAUUUUUCCAAUUGAGUUAUUUUGGAUUAAAUUUAGUAAUUCAGUUUAAUUUUACUUUGAAUUCCUAGUAUUUCACAUGUUACUGAAUAAUCCUGACAGAGAGCUUAUCAGACAGUGGAAAAUGAAUAUUUAACUUGCACUGAAAGGUUAAAAGCCAUCCCUGAUGACCUAUGUAGUGAGUUUAUAAAGACACCUGGCGCUAUACCUGGCUGGGUCCAGCAGAGGGCGCUAGUGUGACAUUAUGGCGUAUUUGUUCCAUGAAACAUUCAGAAAGCACAAGCAGGCAUUUCCCUGGGCUGUGAAUGUACAUGGCUAAAUGACAGUGUUUCUGUAACAUGCGAUAUGCGCGAAUAUCACGAGUUCCGUCACUAUCCUAUAUACAUCGUUAUUAAUCCCUCAUGAAAAUAUUUCGCCCUAAUUAAACAUGGAUACCGAUUCUUCAAGCAUACUACGCUCUGAUUGGCUAAUAUCCGUCACAGCCCUUGUUAUUGGCAGAGCGAGAGCAGCUGCUUUCUGAUUGGUGGGUUGCGGGGAGCUGUUCCUGGAAGUUCCGUUUGCCGGCUGGAGGAGUUUAUUGAUUGGCUGCCACGUGGGACACGCCCACUGCAUGCUUCCCAGCCGGAGAGAAACAUGGCGGCUCCCGAGGUGAGAGCGGUGCUGUGAGCGCAUGUGCUGAUAGCAGCCCGUGUUUGCAUUAAUAUACAAUGUGAUGGUGUGCAUGUCCGUUUAUAUCAGUAUAACAUGGCGUCUGUUGUUCCAGGUUACAGUGUCCGAGGACCUCCCAGCCGCACAGAGUCUGCUGUCCAACCUCCAGGAGCAGGUAGUGAGCCCAGCAGGACAUGCUCCAUUACAGUGAAUGAUAAUACAGCCAGGCUCCUCCAUGCAACACAGCAAACACUGUCUGAUCCCAGCUGUGUGAACACCCUAUAGACCAGGGGUGUCCAAAAGGUAGAUCCCCCACCCCCAAAUGUUGUAAAACUACAGCUUCCAUGAUGCUUUCCAUGCAAAUAGAAUGACAAAGCAUCAUGGAAACUGCAGUUUAAAAACAUCUGGGGAUCUACCGUCUGGGCACCCCUGCUAUAGCUCAAUUAGAUGACGUGGUUUGGGUGCUGAUGAAUAUUAUUAUAAUUUAUAUAGCGCCAGCUAAUACCAUAUCGAUGAUGCUUGUAGUGUCCCUUUAAGUAACCUUAUAAGUUUAAAUAUUUAUAUGUGUAUGUGUUGUUCCUUAUUCUCUAUUUUGUAGUCUACAUCUUAUUUACACAAUUUGUAAUGUGUGGUACCCUGUAGAUAUGCUAUUUACCCAACCACUUUUCGAGUCCCUUGCUAUAUAUUUAAUUACCAGACUGUGUACUGUAUUUUCCUGAAAAUAAGACUUGCUUAUUUUCGGGGGAUGUUCCUAAUAUAAGCCCUAGUCGGUCGCUUAUCUAUGUUCAGGGAUAGAUGUGCGGGAUUCCAUUCACGAGUAAGCUUGUCUAUGUUCGGGGAAGUUUCCCCGAUCAUGAUACGCAAGAUUACAUUCGUGAGUAAACUAAUCUAUGUUCGGGGAAGUUUCACCGAACAUGGAUUUGCGGUAUUCUAUUAGAGAGUAAGCUAAAUCUGUUCGAGAAAGUUUCCCGGACAUAGAUUUGCAGGAUCCCAUGUCCUAGUGAACUGAUCUAUGUUCGGGGGAUUUCCUCCUAACAUAGAUCUGCUUUCUAGCACACGUUUUCCCUUGAAAUAAGACCUCCCCUGAAAUAAGCCCUAGUGUACUUUUUUUCAGGGGAAAAAUUAAUAUAAGACCCGGUCUUAUUUUUGGGGAAAGACUGUAGUUCCCUAUUACACUGUACAUUUUGUUCCUAACCUACAACAUCCUGUUUUUCCCCUAAGUCUGAGCUCCCAGCAUUGCAGAGACUAAGCAUUCAGCUGCUGCUACUCUUCUAAGUUGGUUGCAGCUCUACAAAUGUUCAUUUACCUAAUGCUUAGUCAUUUGAAAGUGUUUUUGUCUUUGCAGGUUACAGCAGUUACAGCCCACGUACAGAACCUAACACAGAAAAUCCAAAAUGGCAUUUAUCCUACAGAAAAAGUAAGACGUACUUAAUGUUCUAUGCAGUGUUUUGUAACUGGGCUAUUUUGAGCACAGGGAUGCUAAUCCACUAUAUGUAUUGUUUUUUCCCUAGGGUUUAAGCUUCCUGGAGUUGAAGGAUCAGCUCCUGUUGAUGUAUAUGCAGGAUUUAACCCAGCUCAUUCUGGAGAAGACAUGUGGAAGACACAUAAAUGGAAAUCCAGGGAUCAUGAGGCUGGUGGAGAUGCGCACAGUAAGAAAAAAUUCAAUUACAUUACUUGGUUUUGGUAACAGCAUGUUCCUAUGAGGAAAUGUUUUGAACAUGUGUCGACAAAAAAAGUAAAUCUUAAGGAUGAAAUAUAGUGUGGGUUUUAUCUACCGGCAUGCAUUACAGGAGAAUAUAGUAUUGAGAUCCAGUUUGAAUUAAAGCCGCAGCAAAGCCUUGUCGAUAAAAUGCCAAAUAUUUAUUGCAAACCAUAUAAUUUGUAUUUUAAAUGUUAAAGGGAAACUAUAGUCACCAGAACAACUACAUGUUUUAUAUUUGGGGUGGGGUAGGGGGCUAUAUGGUGUUUGUAACACUACAAGGUCAGGAAUACAUAUUUUUGUUCCUGAGCCUGUAGUGUUCCUUUAAUAGAAUUAUAAGAAUGUUUUAGGUUAGUGUUGGAGCAUUUAAACCUGAUUCUUAUUGAAUGUUCAUGUAAAUAAAUCCAAUUCUGUAUUUGUGAGGGUCACUUACAAUGUGACGAAUAAUAUUGGAGGGGGUCAUUUAUAAGAGAAUUCUUAAGAUUCUGUUUAUGCCCGGGUUGGUUGAGGUGUAAAGGAAGAUUAUUUUGCUUAAAGGGUUACUCUAACCUAUUUUAUUGUUUUACUGGCUUAUAGCGCAUGCGCGUGUUAUGAAUCUGGGAGGGGGGGUGAUAAAAAAAAAAAAAAAAAAAACUAAUUGUAGUAAUUGUCACAGAAUGGAACACUGGUGUUACCCCUUUCAAGCAUGCUGCCUGCAAGGGAGAAGCUCAUUACAUCUGUUACCAGUGUACUGAUGACCGAUGCAAUUUGUGCACAGUAUUCAUAUUUGGCACGCUCAAUAAGAGUUAUGGGUGGUAUAAAUCGUGUGCCAGGAGUGCAACGAGCACCCAAUACAACAUAUGCAGAUUGCUCUGAAUCAGCAGGGCUUCAAUCUUACAUGCUGCACAUACAGAUUCCUACCUCCAUGACUUUCUAAACAUGAAGUGGUCAUUGUUAACAGGAGUAGUCCCAUAAGACUGGAAGUUGGCGAAUGUUGUGCCCAUUUACAAGAAAGGCAAUAGGGAGGAGUCGGGCAACUAUAGGCCAGUAAGCCUUACUUCAGUAGUGGGGAAAGUGAUGGAAACCAUGUUAAAGGAUAGGAUUGUUGAACAUCUAAAACACAUGGAUUUCAAGAUCAGAGACAACAUGGAUUUACUUCAGGGAGAUCAUGCCAAACUAAUCUUAUUGAUUUUUUUGAUUGGGUAACUAAAAUUAUAGAUCAGGGUGGUGCAGUAGACAUUGCUUACCUAGAUUUCAGUAAGGCUUUUGACACUGUUGCACAUAGAAGGCUUAUCAAUAAACUGCAAUCUUUAAGUUUGGAUUCCAAUAUUGUUGAAUGGGUAAGGCAGUGGCUGAGUGACAGGCAACAGAGGGUUGUAGUUAAUGGAAUAUAUUCGAAGCUUGGACUUGUCACCAGUGGGGUACCUCAGGGAUCUGAACUUGGACCCAUUCUCUUUAAUAUUUUUAUUAGUGAUAUUGCAGAAGGUCUUGAUGGUAAGGUAUGUCUUUUUGCUGAUGAUACUAAGAUAUGUAACAGGGUUGAUGUUCCAGGAGGGAUAAGCCAAAUGACAAAUGAUUUAGGUAAACUAGAAAAAUGGUCAGAAUUGUGGCAACUGACAUUUAAUGUGGAUAAGUGCAAGGGCAGAGUACAGAAUAUGUGAUAGUCCUAACCUCAACAAUUGAGGAAAGGUAUUUAGGGGUGAUUAUUUCUGAUGACUUAAAGGUAGGCAGACAAUGUAAUAGAGCAGCAGGAAAUGCUAUCAGAAUGCUUGGUUGUAUAGGGAGAGGUAUUAGCAGUAGAAAGAGGGAAGUGCUCAUGCCAUUGUACAGAACACUGGUGAGAGCUCACUUGCAGUAUUGUACACAGUACUGGAGACCGUAUCUUCAGAAGGAUAUUGAUACCUUAGAGAGGGUUCAGAGAAGGGCUACUAAACUGGUUCAUGGAUUGCGGGAUAAAACUUACCAGGAAAGGUUAAAGGAUCUUAACAUGUAUAGCUUGGAGGAAAGACGAGACAGGGGGGAUAUGAUAGAAACAUUUAAAUAUGUAAAGGAGGAGACUAUAUUUAAAAGAAGAAAAACUACCACAACAAGAGGACAUAGUCUUAAAUUAGAGGGACAAAGGUUUAAAAAUAAUACCAGGAAGUAUCUUUACUGAGAGGGUAGUGGAUGCAUGGAAUAGCCUUCCAGCUGAAGUGGUAGAGGUUAACACAGUAAAGGAGUUUAAGCAGGCGUGGGAUAGGCAUAAGGCUAUCCUAACUAUAAGAUAAGGCUAGGGACUAAUGAAAGCAUUUAGAAAAUUGGGCAGACUAGAUGGGCCGAAUGGUUCUUAUCUGCUGUCACAUUCUAUGUUUCUAGUUGGAGUAACCCUUUAAAGAACAACAGGCCACUUCCUCUUAAUAAAGUGGCCUGCGUUAAAUGAUCCUGCCAUUUUUUUUUAAAUCAUUCAAGGUAAGAAACUGCUGUUUUUCCAGAAAAAUUGCAAUACUUUAAAGGGUUAAACACUUUUCCAGUGGCUUUUUAGUUGAUAGUCACUGCAGGCACUUCCUCUGCAACAACUAAGUAAAACUCCUUCACGUGAUGUUGCAGCCCCCAUAGAAGGCAUUGAUUCAAUGAUUUUCUAUAAGAAAGAUUGGAUGGGCACAUGGGAGGUUCGGCUUUAGAAGAAAAAAAGCCUAAUAAAUGUGCUUCUAAAGCAUAUUUGAUGAAGGAUUUAAAACAUUUUUUGAGCAGCUGGCCCUUUUUAUUUUUUUACCUUUCUUCUUCAUUAUUAUUUGGCACAGAGAGGUGGGGGUGACCUCUAGAACUUAGGACAGACACAAAAGUGUUAUGAAUACAGGUUUGUAUUUCUGAAUUUUUAGUUACUUUAAUAUUCAUUAUUUUCAUGUUGUGCCUUUUGUCAGCAGUCUUUUGAAUCUGAUGAUAGCUGAAACACCACUUAUAUUAUAAGGCAGCUAGUCAAAUCACUCAGACACAUUAGGAUCAGGGUGCAUGUGUAGCCAAGAACAGGCUGGGAUAGUAUUGUGAUAUAACAAGCUAAUUGGGAAGACCAAAGAGCUUCUUCUGAUGCAGUUUUAGCGCACCAACUGAUGCUCUUAGCCAGCGACCAGUCAAACGCUUCUGCAUUAAAGCCGAUGACUUGGAUGAAAGAGUAGGGCUAAACCAUAUGUAAACAGUUUACCCCUUAAGGACACAGCUUCAAAAUCUUGUCUUGCACUUAAGGACAGUAAUUUUCACAUCACGUUCAACUGCAAUUUGCGUUUUACUAUUUUAUUGCACCAACACACAUUAUAUACCAUUUUUAAGGUCACAAAACACAAGGAGUAAAAUAAACAUUUAAUGUGGAGCGAUUUUAGAAUCUGGUAUGUUUGUCUUGUAAGCUAAAACAAAAUUGCCUCACAAAAGAGUGUAUGUGUGUGUGUGUGUGUGUGUGUGUGUGUGUGUGUGUGUAUAUAUAUAUAUAUAUAUAUAUAUAUAUAUAUAUAUAUAUAUAUAUAUAUUAUUAGACCUCACAGGCUAUUUAAGUUUAUUUUGACACUUUUUAUGUAGCCAUUUCACUGCCAAUCUCUGUUAAAUAUUGGAGUAAAAUUUAGGGUUUUUAUUUUCGAUUUUGACACACAAACUUAUAACAAACUUACAACAAAGAACUUCUCGUGUGUAUUUUUGUAGAGUUGGUGUGUUAUUCCUGUAAACAUUUUGUGUUCAGCUAUAUCUGCUGAGUACAACGAUACCCCCAUUGUAUGUCUUUGGCACUAUUUCGUGAACCUACAAUGCCAUAUAGGAGACCUUUCCUUUUUAGUAUUUACAGUAGACUUUUGAGAGACGGAUUUAAUGAGCCUAUGUUUCAGUUUUGGGCAUUAAAGCAGUUUGACUGUUCCCCCCCAAAAAACCCACAAAAGCCUACCAUUUGUAAAAGUAGACACUCCAGGGUAUCUCAUAUGGUGCAUAUUGUGCCUUAACAUGCACCAUUUUUUUUCACCAAUAUAUGUCGACGUUUGUGGUAAAAAAUACAUCUUGGCAUUUUUUACGUAUUACAUUUUUGCUAGACAUUUUGUAUAUUUGAUAUGUGCCACUAUGAUCAAAGACCUCAAAUUAUGCUCAACUAAGUCUUCUGAGUAAAACUAUACCCCCAAUUAAUGUCUCUGACACUGUUUCUUGAAGCUACAGUGCCAUAUAGGAGACCUGUCUGUUUCUGUAUUUCCAGUAGAAUUUUGAUAGAUGGAUUUGAUGGGCCUAUGUUUCAUUUUGGGGCAUUAUAGCAGUUUGACAGUUCAAAGAAACCCCACAAAGCCGUACCAUUUGUAAAAGUAGACACCACGGGGUAUUUUAAACCUUGGCGCAGGAUAAUUUUUUGUUUGCUAGUUUGUACCAAGUCUAGUAUCAAUUAGCAUAUUUUCUGUCUUUUUGACACACACUUGGAGAUGUUACUGUAUAUUUUGCAAUCCUUGUGUGUGCUACGGCAUACACAAGGCACCUAAUAUUUUGCUCAGCUAUGUCGUCUUAGUACAACAAUACCCCCAUGUGCACUUUUUUCAGGGAUAUGUGGAUAUUGAAGGGGCACCUUGGAGACCAAGCCACAUCAGUUUUGCUUUUUUUUAAUUUUAAUUUUUUUUGUUUUUUAAACUUUGAAUUUUGACGCUGGGUCCAUGUGCAAUUUUAGAGCAUCUUAGCAGGUUGAUAAUUCAAACUACCUCACAAAGGCCUACCAUUUAUUUAAGAAAGUAUUAAUCACUGUAUUAACCUGCAUCAAACUCUGAGGCACUGUCUGUCAACUCUAUCUGCUGAUAGAAUUCAGAAUCCUCCUCGGCACUGAACUUCCUAAGCAUUUUAAACUUCUUACACAAUAACUUUAACUAAAUAAUGUUAUAAAUGAAUUUGAAUUAUUAUUUAUUUUUUCUAUUUAAUUUUUUUUUUUAAAUCUUUUCAUCCCUAACGUAAAUCUAAACUCCCCAAUUUCCCAUGAAUUACCACACACCAUAAUUAACUAAAUAAAAUUAGAAAAAUACAAAAAUUAUUGUUGUGAUCAACUUUAAAAUGGAAGAACUAAAUAAUUAUAUAUAUAUAUAUAUAUAUAUAUAUAUAUAUAUAUAUUAUAAAAUAAAAUCAGUUGCCAAUCCAAAGGCUGGGCUUAGAGGGGCAAUCAGGGCUGUAAAAGAUGGUUUCUGUCCUUAUGCCCCUCUGGUAGCACAACCUGCACCAUUUUUAGGGGUUGGUGGUAUGCGGAAACAGAAGUGACUUGUCUCAACCCUUCUGCUGCUAGGCCCGACUGAUGGUUCUCCGUGAGCUACUCAGAAAUCAGCUGAAACUGAAAAUCCAGAAAUGUGAAUUUAAUUUCAGCAUUUGCCUUUUUGUAUAGAAUAAAGGCAUUGUAUGUUUCCAUUUGCAUUAGGUAAAUGCCAAGCUUUUUGUACCAUGCCCUGGUCUUCCUCAGUAUUAAUAUGGCUGCAGCAGUUGGUCGGACAGGUCAACUCCCCCAUAUGCUUGUUGUACUGCCUAAUGCAGACUGGCACCCAUCUAGUUUCUUGUCUGCCGCGAACUGCGACUCUUUGAGUGUGCUCAGUAUGCAUGGAUGUUAGCAUGAACACCUCCUUUUUAUCUUUAAAUUUGAGAGCCAGCAUUUCGUCCUGGCAGAGAGCAGCCAUUUUCCCCCCUCUUGAGCUUUUUUUGUGCCAGGGCUUUUGGAAAACCGACACAUGUUUUUCGCAUAGUGCCGCAGGCCACAGUUUCAAAGCAAUAAAGCAUCCUAAAAGGGAUGCUGUUUUAGUAGUUAUCUAUAUAUAAAUGAUACCCCUUGUUUAGCAAUGUGAUAAUUAGAUCCCAUACAAUUUUCCCACUUGUCCCAAUGAUAUCCGGGCACCCUGGGGUAUCCAAGUGGCUGUCUUUACCUUUGUAAACACGGAAGGUGUAAACAUAGCCACUGGCACUUUCGCAAGAUUAUAUAACUUUUUAUCCCAUACCGGGAUAUUUUGACAGGGAUAUAUUGCUUAAACCCCCGUCUGCCCUUGUAUUUCAUCAAAGACUCCUCUACACAAAUAUAUUUUUUGUGGAGUGUAAAUUGAGCCAAAUUGUCUGUUGAAGUGGGACAUUAGGGGGCGAAUCUUAUAGUGAUUAUUGUACUGAGGAUUAUCUCUUGGGGGGGCCCUUUGAAUUGUCGCUGAAGUGUAAAAAGCAAAGUAUCACUUCGUAUCUGGACCUAUUCAUGGUCUGGGAGUAAAUAGGGGUGCUGCAUACAGGAUUUUUGGACUAGUACAUCCUAAUGCCGGGCUUUUUAAUAAUGCCCAUUAGCAAAGUUGGUGCCCAAAUUUUUUUUUCAAUUCUGGCACACUGAUGGGGUACCAACUCCCUUUCAUGGUGAUGAGACUCUGAUCAUUAAGUAUCAGGUACUGCGCAGCAUAUAUGUUGGUCUCGGUGACGAUAUCCCCUAAAAUAUCACCCCCAAAGUAUAGCUGCAUGAAAUCCAGUGCACUGUAAUUAGCCAAGUACAACUGAAUUCCAUGAUUACGAUUAAACUCUGGGAUGUCAGGCGUAAAAUCAUUAGGGGGUUCCCAUUCACCAGCGCCAUGAGCCAUGUCAGGGGACUCUGUGCUUACAACAGAGGGCCUUUCAGUAUCUGGCAAAGAGUCGUCACCACUCUCAGAGGUGUUUGUGGCGUCAGUCAGCUGCUAAAUAUCAUAGGCCUCCUCAGCACCUUCUAGACAUUGUGAAGCUGUAAAUUGAAUAUUUUUAAAAAAAGUUUCCAAACUUUUAGUCCCUAACUAGCCUAACACUCAAUUUCCCACUAAAGUCCACCCACUCCAGCUAACUAAAGAAUCAACAUCAAAUUAAUAAAAUAACAAAUUAAAUAAAAUUAACCCCUAAGGGUAAAAAAAAAAUAUCUAAAUUAACUCUUGAGGGUAAAAAUAAAUAAAUUAGAUCCGUUAAAUACUGUGAUCAGUAUAGUGAUCACUGCAGGCAGUGAUCAGAAGGGCAAGGGAAGGGUUAAAACUAUUUUAAAAGUAAUAAAAUUAAAAAUUAUAAUACAGCUACAGUUUAAACUAAAAUGGCACACAAUGUUGCAGCACUGAUCCAUCUUGUCUCUCUCCACUUCUCUAGAGACACACAGGUGGAGGGAGGAGGAUCAGAAAUCCCAGCAGCACUGUGAUCGUUGUGACUGGCUGUCACAUGUGCUGGGACAGUGCUAUUGGCUGUUGCUGGUCUGACUGUAACACCGAGGCACCCAGCAACAGCGUUAACGCGGAGAUCUGGCGUUAACGUUGGUAAAUGAUGGAAGUUUUCCGUCAAGGGUCCUUAACGCAAGGACAAGCUUGAUGGAAAAUUUCUGUCUCUGGUCGGGAAAGCAUUAAAGAGACAUUAAGUGUGAUAUUAUUUUCACAAACCAUGGUCUCUAUAUUCAAAUUGCUAGUAGUGCUUUGUCUCUUCUUUUUUCCCCCAUAUAAUGUUAUUGAUUAAUACUAAUUUAUACUGGGCAUGAAUUGUCAUUAUCAUAGCAGAAUAAACACUGUUAUUGCCCUUUUCUUUUGUAUGUUUGUGGUAGGAAGAGUUAAACCUUAUCUCAUUCCUAUUUUUCUGGGGAAUGUUUCAAAUCUUUAGGAUUUUAUGGGCAGAUAACCUAUGUGUAACUUUUCUUGUUCAUGCUAAGCAUUGUGCCGACAGGGACAUGCUGACGUUGAGUUGUUUGACAUAGAAUAAAGUCAAUAAUAAUGACAUGAUUCAUGCUCUGCGUCUUCUCAUUACACAAGCGGGUAACUUCUUGAGUGACAUUUGUUUUAAUCAAUAUUACAAAUGGACAUAUCAAUAGGCUAAAUAUACAGUACUUCUUUUCAACUCAAAGGAAUACACAGCUGUUACUAGAUACUGCAUUGUUUACAUUGCAGGGUAAAAUAAACCUCUGAUGGUGGUCAUCCUGGCAGGCACUAGAUGUGCUUUCUCCUUCGUCUUGGAAUUCUAUGCUUUUCAUAGGGGCAGUGCCUAGUUUCAAUGUGUUGCUUCUUCAAGAAGCAAUGAACUGAAGGAGAUUGCAGGUUAUGCCAGCUUGGAUGCUGAAAGAACCAAAUGGGAAAGCUGGAGGCUGCAGUGGAGGAGUCCCGACACAAGAAAUGAGGAGAGUAAACUUUUUUGUGACUCUUGUUUUUUGUGGUUGUUGGGUUUUUUUAAGUAGAGUUCAGCACAAAAUACAUUAACAAGUGAGCAAGAGAAGUUAAGGUAUAACAAAGCAUUAGUCAAUAAAGAAUUAUGACCUUGUUUGAGAGAGGUAAUUAAACAAUAUCAUGGCAUGUAAUAAUGACUCAAUUGGUAAGUAUAAUGAACAUGCUUAGACAAAAUACUUUAAUAGAGAGAGAUUUGUGAGUAACUAUGAAAGUAGGCAAAGCUAAUUGACAGUAUGAUCAAUUCAAGUAAUAGGAAAAAACAUGCCAGAUUUGCAAGAGGAGAAAGGUAAAACCACAGAAACCUCCCUCAUCAUAAAAUGGCACUACACAUAGUAAAAAUAAAAUAAGAAGCAAUGCAUUGGUAACAAAGGGCAUAUAAUUGGCAUAAGGCGAGCAGGCUAAACACUCAAGGUGGUAAGUUCAGUGUCACCCUAUGCCCAUGGUUGGAAGUGCCAGAUGGUCACUGUAAAAUGUGAGGUAGGGCCAAACUCCAGUCCCAGAGCGCAGUAGUGGCCGGCAUCUCUGAGCCACGGGCUCGAGCACUCAGUGACCUUUUCUGACUGGAGAGGGCCGAAGUACCUAGUGGUCUAUCGCCGCUGGUGGCUGAUGCACUGACAGGUACUCGAGGUCGCAGACACGUCUGAGAAGGGUCAGAAGACCACUGGUCCACAGUAUCAGCUGUUUUACAGAGUAUAUAGUAGGUUAGUUUAGGAGCCUGUUAUUCAUGCUCCUAAUCUAUUGUCCUGAAAUAAUGAUGGUUAUUUCCAGUUUGGAAAAGUGAGCACCUGGGCAAAGAGGAGAAAUAAAAAAUUUUUGUGUAAUUUUUCCUCUAUUCUGUUUGCGCUCUCUAUGCGGACUAGAAGGUGCAGAAGGCAGAGCUUUAUGACAAGAAGCUAACCUGGAGGUGUCCAAAAUGUGCCUUGCAAUAAGUGGUUACUUAGAAUGCUGGGAAAAGUGGAUAAUAAAAACACUUGUAUGUUGUAUGAGACAUUUGCUUCCACAUUGGACAGAUGACUUAUAGUCCUGAUAUCUUUUUAGGUUUUGGAGAAGAUGCGCCCUAUUGACCAGAAACUAAAAUACCAAAUAGAUAAAUUGGUAAGAGCGGCUGUGACCGGGAGCCUUGGGGAGAAUGAUCCUCUACGUUUCAAACCCAAUCCCCAGAAUCUCAUGAGUAAGGUAAGUGUGGGAAAUACUCGAAUUGGAUGCUAGAGUGAGUUGUUCUGUGAAUACAUGUAUCUACUGAAAUAUAAAACAUCAUGUUUACCGUUAAAGAAAACCAAUAUUGCACAUUAUGUAGACCAGGGCUUAAAAUGUGAAUUCCUCUGUUUCUAGCCAGGCCAUAAGUUACUCAUCAAUGCAAGCCAUAACAUUCCCAGCAUAGGUGAAUUGCCAAUGGCUAGUGGAAAUUUGAGCCUUGAUAUAUAGUGUUUGGCAUUGUUCAAGUAUGGAUGACUUAUGCUUAUGUAACAUCUAUUAAGUGCUAAUGUAUUUAUUUUUUAAGGAAACUGUACAAUAAGCAUACAUAUAUUAAAGUAUCAUAUUAUGCAGUGUGUUUACAGUUUCAAUAACUGCUCCCUGUUCUCUGCAGCUUGAAGAGUUUGAUGGAGAGUCAGAUGGAGAAGGAGAAGCAAGCGGUGGAACUGCUAAGAAAUCUCAGAGCAAAGGCAGAAAAUACAUCCCCCCUCGGCUGGCACCUGUGCACUAUGGUAUGUACUAAAACCACUGGGCGAUAUUAAAGGGACACUCCAAAAAAAAAUAAAAAAAAAAAUAUAUAAAUAUAUAUAUAUAUUUAUAUUUAUAUUUAUAAUUUAUAAUUUAUUUUAGAGAGAGAGAAUAUAUUUUCAAUCUAUCCCAAUUAAACCAUGCAUGUGUUUUUUAUUGGCAGUAUAUAAAAAGGGCUUCUAACCCCACCCAGAUUUUCUUUGGCUGUCCAAUCACAGACCUUCCAAUGCAGCUCAAUGAGAUAUCUUUGCAAAUCAGGUGCUCUGAGCAAUUGGUGCCUCUUGAGUUUAGCUCAACUGAGCUAAGCAACCAAAAAGUCAGGGGGGUGUAACUAGGUUAAAUUAUAAAAUCUUAACUUUUUGUAAAAUGUAAAGAGUGCACACUCUUUACACAUAACAUAUUUUGGUAAGCUAAACUGCUUUAGGGGUCCAGAAUGUUCUUUUUUAAGGGACAUUAUAGUCACCAGAACAACUACAGUUUAAUGUAAGAGUAAAAGAAUUGUAGUUUUAGACAGAACUUCACUUAAUCUGUCUAACAAUACUUUUUAUACAUCCAAGGGAAAUUCCUAAUAGAUGGAUACAAACAGCAAGGCAAUUAAGGCAUGGUUUUUAGUACUCCAAUUCCUUGUAGCCACUUUGUCCAGAUAGGAAAUUACAAUAACAGUUGAAUCAUGGAAACUAAAGAACUAUAAACUUGCCAUAACACCAUCAACCUAUAUCAGCUGCAGGACAGCAUGUAUAUAGCUCCAUCAGUCUCCCAGUUCAGCUCAAUAAAGAGUCCUUUUAAGAUCACUUCAUACUGGUUUAUGUGUAAUAUUUCAGUAAAUCUAUUUCCAAGUUUCAGACUGUUACCAACGCCAGUCUAAUUGAUUGAGGAAGAGGCUUUGUGCGCAUGCUUGUUUGAGAGCAGCAAAAGGGCUGGAUUCUUUAUAAAGACCGUUAGAAGCUUACUCUUUGUGAGACAGACACUUGUUUCACUGUGUUUACAGUAACUAGAAGGUGAAUGUGCAAUUGCACUAACAAGUUGUCAUUCACUCCCAUUGCCAGAACAAGCAGAGUUAUGUGCGGGUGAUUUUAUUUCUGAUUCGGUUCAAAAUGCGAAUAUCUAGUGGUAAUUGUGGCUCAAAACACAUUCUUUGAUGAAUCCCUACAUGAAAACGUUACAGGAUGUAAGAGUGUGGCUCCACGUCUUGGGGUCCUGUGUGACCUAUCCAACACUGAAGCAGUGUGUCAUUUAAAAACAGUCGUACCAGCAGGUGCCAAUGUGGCGUUGCUCCAUCUUGCUGGAAAAUGACUUACCUCUUAGAUGAAAUGUUGCUUCAUCACUAAAAAUCAAACGCGGUAAGAAGCCCCAUGGUCUGUAACACUAAAUGAUUUCCUUCGUCACCUGCAUGCAGAGCCUGUUCCAGUUGCAACUGGUAUGGCAUCAUGAUUAAACAUCGCCUUAACACACGCCAGAUAGCCUUAUGAGAGAUCACAAGUUCUCAGCUAGCACGACUAGUGGAGUUUUGUGGGCUACGCUGAAAACUCUCUUGAAUUCUUCAAACAAUUUCCUCUUAAGUGCGUGGUCGCCCUGUGCUCUUUCCCUUACAUAAAACAGCAUGUUUCCUCAAAUUAUCGGUUUUAAUGAUAAAUAUUCUUUGGCACUGGCGGAUUAAUGCCAAAACGCACGUUGCACCGCAAUUAAGGAUUCAGUCAGUAUUGAUUCUUGCAUAAAGGCAUUGAAUUCAUUGCUUUCAUGUGAUGUUCAAUGUCCUCAUGGAUAGUUUCACUGGGUUUCAGCGCAUGAAUGCCUCUAAUGGCUUUCAGGAAUGUUUUCUGUUUUACAUUAUAGGGUUAAAGUUACAGGGCCACUGUACAUAGACCACUUUAUUGUAGUAAUUCUGGUGCUUUGCGUAUCUUUAACCUUUUCAGUGUCACCUGUUCUGUGAGAGAGGAUCAGGCAACUAUUGUGUUAUUAGUGCAAUUAGUACUAUAAAAAAAAAUUAAUUUAUGGUAAGUGAAAUUUUGUAUUUUGAACAGUUGAAUAGACACAAAAUGUAAUCAAUAUUUUUUAUUUAAAUAACUGUGCAAGUCACAAUAGUAUUUUUAGAUUGGUUACAUAUGCACUAAAGGAACACUAUACCAACAUUUCUUCUUCCCAGAUGAUACAGAGGCAGAGAAGGAACGUAGACUUCUAGAGCGUGCAAAGAAACGAGCUUUAAGCAGCUCUGUUAUUCGGGAAUUGAAGGAACAGUAUACUGAUGCUCCAGAAGAGAUACGAGAAGGGAAAGCAUAUCAUAUGAUGCGGCAUGAGAGAGAGGAGCAACACAGGUAAAAAAAAUUAAAAUAAUAAAUAAUAAAGGGGCAACUUCUACAGAAUCCUGAUGCAACUCCUGUGUUUUUCUCCACACAGAACCCGAUAUGAGGAGUCCAUGAUGGUGCGUUUAAAUAUGACGCGUCAAGAAAAGGCACGCAAAAAGAAAGUGCUCUCGAUGACAUCACAGCUUGGUUCUCUUACUCACUUCACAGACAUUAGUGCCCUAACUGGGGGGGAAGGGAGAAAUGAGGUAAGUAGGAUUGUUUAAAAAGAUUGGUUGUACUAGGAAAGAUGAUGGGUCGCAGAGGCUGAAUUUGCAAAGUACAGUAUUUGAUGUAAUGGCAGAGUGAUAAGUUAACAACUGUCAAUAGUGUAAUGAAUGGUGUGAUUUAUCAAACAUUUACAAGCAUUAAACUUUGAUUUCCUUUUUAGGACAUGUUACCUUCUGCUAAGAAAUCAAAGAGAAGUUCCAAAAAAGGAAAAAAGAAGAGAAGUAUGUUUGUUUUUUUUUAAUAGUUUUACUAGAUUGUCUUUUUAUUCUCAUUUCUCUGCUGUAGUCUUAUUACACAGGUUUCAGUAAUCUCACUUAUCUAUUUUUCACCAGGUUUCAGGAAGCGAUAA